UAAGAGUUGCUGGACAUGCUGGGGAUAGAGAAACUAAAUGAUCUGACUGGAAUAUUCUUCAUGCUGGAACUGAAGAGUCCAGUAGCAAUGACUCAAUCACUGGAACCAGAUCAAGGUGGCACAAUAAAAGAUCAGACAAAGAAGAGAAGGAUAGUGGUCUCAUAUUGGACUGAAGAUGAAGAAGCAAAGGAAUUGCACAAGUCGUACAGCAGAAACAAGGUCCGAACGACCAAGUACACCUUUCUAUCGUUCAUUCCCAAGAAUCUUUUCGAGCAGCUCCAUCGGUUUGCCAACGUAUACUUUCUCUUCUUGUGCGCGUUAAACUUUGUGCCUAUCGUGAAUGCGUUUCAGCCGGAGAUCUCCAUCAUUCCUAUUGUUUCAGUGAUGUCUGUAACUGCUCUUAAAGAUCUUUGGGAGGACCAGCGACGGAGGAUAUCUGACAAACAGGUCAAUAGCCAGUUGUGUGAUGUGUAUGACAGGAACCAGAAGCGUUUCGUGGAGCGACGCUGGGCAGAGGUGUGUGUUGGUGACCUGGUUCGUCUCAGCUGUAAUGAGAUCAUACCUGCUGACAUGGUCCUGCUUUACUCGUCUGAUCCUAAUGGUGUGUGUCACAUCGAGACCGCCAACCUGGAUGGAGAAACCAAUCUCAAACAGAGGCAGGUGGUUCGUGACUUGACAAUGCAGGGAUCCAAAUUUGUUCCGGAAAACUUCGGCAGUCGCAUAGAGUGUGAAAAUCCCAACAAUGAUUUGAGACGUUUCAGAGGCUUCAUGGAACAUCCCGGUAAGGUGCGUGUUGGACUGCACAGUGAGAACCUGCUGCUGAGGAGCUGCACUGUGAGAAACACUGAGACUGUGAUUGGCAUCGUGGUCUAUGCAGGUCAUGAGACGAAAGCGAUGCAGAAUAACAGCGGCCCACGCUACAAGAGAAGCAAACUGGAGCGCAGGCUCAACAUUGAUGUGCUUUGGAGUGUUGUUUUACUGCUGAUCAUGUGCUUUGUUGCUGCUGUAGGUCAUGGUGUUUGGUUAAAUGGACUAAAGGAUCCAAUCUUCAUGAUCCCUCAUGACACACCCUCUGCACUUGCUGCCUUUUACAUGUUCUGGACAAUGAUCAUUGUUCUGCAGGUGCUGAUUCCAAUCUCGCUCUAUGUCUCCAUAGAGAUUGUGAAGCUAGGACAGAUUUAUUUUAUUCAGAAUGAUUUAGAUUUGUAUAACCCAAGAUUGGACACAGGUGUCCAGUGCAGAGCAUUAAACAUCACAGAAGAUCUCGGGCAGAUCCAAUACCUGUUCUCCGACAAGACAGGAACCCUUACAGAAAACCGCAUGCUGUUCCGUCGCUGCACUGUGGCAGGAACCGAGUACCCUCAUCGCGACAACGCUAUAUCUCUGGAGCAGUAUGAGCAGGAGGAAUGUGGAGAUGUAGAUCGCUCUCACACGCUGAGAUCACGCUCCAGCAAGAAGUCCCUGAGCUGUAAAUCUCUCAACUGCAAUCGAAGUUCAGUGUCUCUCAAUACCCUUACUGCAGAGUCUGACACACAUUCAGUCCUCGACACGCUCCGCAGACGCACACUCGGAGCCUUCAGUGGCACCAUGGAGUGUGCAGUUAUUCCAGACCCUCAGCUGCAGGGGAAGCUUUGUGCACUCUCCACAGAUUCCAAUGUCCGACCUGAAGCUGCCGAAUUUUCCCACAUCCUGGACUUCUUUCUCGCGCUGGCCGUCUGUAACACUGUGGUGGUUUCUUCACCCACACAGCCAAGACAUGUGGUUCAAAUGCCUGUGGCUCGCACCCCCUUGCGCUCUCUAGAAGAGAUGAAGAUCCUUUUGCAGAAGUGGAGUCUACCUCGAUUAUCUAUUUCACCCAGCCAAGGCACAGACACUCCUGGCAGCCUGACCAAAAAAUUCUUCACCCGUGGUCGUUCAGCAUCCUACUUUCCCAACAGCACUCCACAAACACCCAAUACAACCCAAGAGUUACCCAACCUACCCACUUACACCCCUUCAGACGCUUCCUCAACCUCCUCUACUCCAGUACCUGUAUGCAGUGGGGCGUGUGGAGAAGAUGUGAAAGACAGUGAGCUGGCCAAAAGUAAUGAUGAUGAUGAGACUAAAAGUGAUGAGGAGGAGGAGGAUGAAGAAGAAUUGCUGUAUGAGGCUGAGAGCCCGGAUGAGGCAGCGUUGGUGCAAGCAGCAAAGGCGUAUGGGUGCACUUUGCUUGGCCGAUCCCCAGAGCAAAUCCUGGUGAAUGUUCCAGGUGCCGGACCGCUCUCCAUCCCACUACUUCACGUGCUACCGUUUCAUUCUGCCCGCAAAAGGAUGUCCGUGGUUGUCCGCCAUCCCUUGACCGGAGAGGUGGUGGUUUACACUAAAGGAGCAGAUAAUGUCAUCAUGGAGCUGGCUGAAGAAGCUGAUGGUUUCGCUAGAGAGGUUAUAAAACGGACACAGAGACACCUGGACCAGUAUGCCAGAGAGGGUCUGCGUACUCUCUGUGUUGCUAAAAAAGUGUUGGAAGAGCAAGAAUACAGAACCUGGUUAAAGAGACAUGAGUUUGCAGAGACCAGCAUUGAAAACAGAGAAGAGCUUCUGCUUGAAUCUGCCGAGAGGCUGGAAACUAAUCUCAAGUUGUUGGGGGCGACAGGUAUAGUAGACCGUCUUCAGGAGGACGUUCCCGAAACCAUUGAGGCCCUGCAAGAAGCUGGAAUUAAAGUAUGGGUCCUUACAGGGGAUAAACAAGAGACGGCUAUUAAUAUUGCCUUUGCUUGCAAACUCAUCAGACCAACAGAUCAGCUACUGACAGCCAACUGUGACAGCAAGGAGGCAUGUGAAGCUCGACUUUAUGAGUUACAAAAUGAGAUCAGGCACUUAACAAAGGAAGGCGUAUCUGGCCAGGACAUGUUCAAGUCUGAUAAUAUUAGAAACGCCUCUGACUUUGUGCUGGUCAUUGAUGGCCGUACGCUGGACUUUGCACUGCAGAAUGAAUUACAGGAGUCUUUCCUGGUACUCGCGUGCUGCUGUCGCUCAGUCAUAUGCUGCAGAUCCACGCCCCUCCAGAAGAGCCAAGUCGUACGGCUUGUCAGAGACAAACUUAAAGUCAUGACCCUGGCAAUAGGUGAUGGUGCGAAUGAUGUUAGUAUGAUUCAAAUGGCAGAUGUUGGCAUUGGCAUCUCUGGCCAGGAGGGCAUGCAGGCUGUGAUGUCUAGUGACUUUGCCAUCUCAAGAUUUAAGUACCUGAACAAGCUGAUUUUGGUUCACGGUCAUUGGUGCUAUGCACGCUUGGCUAACAUGAUCCUCUAUUUCUUCUAUAAGAAUGUGAUGUACGUCAACCUGUUGUUUUGGUACCAGUUUUUCUGUGGGUUUUCGGGUAGCACCAUGACCAACUCAUGGGUUCUCAUCUUCUUUAACCUGCUCUUCACCUCUGUCCCUCCACUCGUAUAUGGUGUGCUGGACAAAGAUGUCUCAAGAGAGACACUCGUAGACCUGCCUGAUCUUUACAAGUUUGGACAGAAGUCUCAGGCCUACCUUCCUUCAACGUUCUGGCUGACCAUGCUUGAUGCGUUUUACCAGAGCUUAGUGUGUUUCUUCAUCCCUUACUUUGCCUACGCAGGGUCUGAUAUUGGAGUAUUUUCAUUCGGCUCUCCAAUUAAUAGCUCUGCCCUCCUCAUCAUCCUCCUGCAUCAGGUCAUAGAGAGUCGCACAUUGACAUGGAUACACGGUGCAUUGCUGCUUUUUAGUGCCUUGUUUUAUUACGCUUUUGUAUUAGUGUUCAGCGUUACAUGUGUGACAUGCAGUUCUCCCACCAACCCCUACGGCAUUGAGACAAAAAUGAUGUCUGAGGCACUGUACUAUUUUGUAUGUGCACUCACCACAGUCCUGGCACUUCUGCCUAGGAUUUUGUUUCGUGCCAUUUGUAACACCGUCUGUCCUUCUGAUCUGGUAAAAGCACAGAAAAUAGAGAUACUUCCUCCUGAAGCCUACUGCUCUAGUAUAAAACAGUGGAAGGAGACCAAAGCUGCAGGAGAACCAUCCCCAAAAAACAUUCUUCAUAGCUUCAGCAUGAAUGCCGACGUGCCCAAUUUAACAGAUUGUAUCCAAGAAGCAGGCACUGUUGUUUCUUGACCAAUAACAAAACUACAGCUUUGUACUAUAUGAACAAAGUUAUUACUAAAUAUAAUGACUUAUCCUCCUGCACUUUAUGUGGUUGGCAGACAUUCUGACCAAUCAGAUCACAGAGCUGGAUUUUCUCUGCCCAAUAAGAGUGUUUUUAUAGGGAGGUACUUGGACUCUCUGAUGUAUGUGCGAGAGGGUUAAAACUGACAGGUGAAUUGCAUGGCAAACACGUGCUUUUGGGGAUCAUAGAGUAUACUUUUCGGUGGUUCAGUGCUGUUUUCUAUCUGCAAGAUAUGCAGAAAAUUGUUUACAUUUCAGAUGUUUCGGGCUGUGCCUGUGACUUUUUGAAUUAUACAUGCACUCCAGAAUCCACACAAGAUCUGUGACUUGUACUUCAGCUGUUUAAUGAGUUUUCAGUAGAUGUAAGGAAUUAUGGGUGGGGAUCCAGUUAGUAUAUGCCACAAUAUUUUGGCUGCUUUACUCGUACUGUAAUGCAAUAUGUAAUGCAAUAUUUGGUUACGUAGACUGAAAUAUUCUGUGCUACACGGUUGCUUAAGUAUGAUUACAUGAAUUGUGCGCUUUACUUGAGAGCAUCCUGUACAUAAACUCGCAAAAAAUAUACUUUUGGUUGAAACAUUUUCUGUAUUGUAAAAGCUAAGGAAUUCUACUACCUGUGUGCCAAUAGCACCAAAUGAACAGAGACAUAAAAUGAAAGAAAUGAAUUGGGUGGAAUAAGAGCGAAUGUUGCACAUCCUUAAUUUUUGUUGAUCUGGUAACUUUUGGAUAAUUCAGAAAAGCAUAACAUUGAUCGUGAAGAUGAGAGGCCUUUACAUUAACAACAUAAACUGAAUUUUGUCUGCUCAGGAAUGAAAUUAAGCAAAAGCAGCUACUGUAUUUGUAACCUGAGGUCUUCGAUGCCCAUUACUGUGUAUAGUGGGCAAGCAAACAGGGUUAGUGAACAGUGUACCAGAUGGAUUACCAGUAUUUUAUGAUUGCUUUUAUACCAAAAUGUUUUAUUUUUGUUGCAGAAUGCUUGAGUUGAAAAUGUAAAUUGGUAAUUAUGAUUGUUAAUGAUUGCAAGUCAUUAACGCGAAAACCUAUUAUUUAUACACAUUUUAUUUUAUUUUA